AUGGCACACCCCGCCGCAUCCCAGCCCUACCACCAUUCCUUCGCUCCAAUGACUUCGCACGCAUCCCACGCUAGCUCCGGCUCCAACGUCGUCGGCGUACACUACCGCGUCGGCAAAAAGAUCGGAGAGGGCUCCUUCGGCGUCAUCUUUGAAGGCACCAACCUGCUCAACUCCCAGACCGUCGCCAUCAAGUUCGAGCCCCGAAAGUCGGACGCGCCCCAGCUCCGCGACGAGUACCGCACCUACAAGAUCCUCGCAGGAUGCCCCGGCAUCCCCCAGGUCUACUACUUUGGCCAGGAGGGGCUCCACAACAUCCUCGUCAUCGACCUCCUCGGCCCCUCGCUCGAAGACCUCUUUGACAUGUGCGGCCGCAAGUUCAGCAUCAAGACCGUCGUCAUGACCGCAAAGCAGAUGAUCACCCGCGUACAGACCAUCCACGAGAAGAACCUCAUCUACCGCGACAUCAAGCCCGACAACUUCCUCAUCGGCAGGCCCAUGACCAAGGGCGCCAACCUCGUCCACGUCGUCGACUUUGGCAUGGCAAAGCAGUACCGCGAUCCAAAGACAAAGCAGCACAUCCCCUACCGCGAGCGCAAGUCCCUCAGCGGCACCGCGCGCUACAUGUCCAUCAACACCCACCUCGGCCGCGAACAGUCGCGCAGAGACGACCUCGAGGCGCUCGGCCACGUUUUCAUGUACUUCCUCCGCGGCGGCCUCCCAUGGCAGGGCCUCAAGGCCGCCACCAACAAGCAAAAGUACGAAAAGAUCGGCGAGAAGAAGCAGUCGACCCCCAUCAAGGAGCUCUGCGAAGGAUUCCCCGAGGAGUUCGGCAUCUACCUCAACUACGUACGCAAGCUCGGCUUUGAAGAGACGCCCGACUACGACUUUCUGCGCGAGCUCUUCACAAAGGUGCUCAAGAGCUCCGGCGAGCAGGAGGACGGCGUAUUCGACUGGAUGCUCCUCAACAACGGCAAGGGCUGGGAGGCCGGCACCAACCGCGACCGUCGCGACGACCGCGAGCGCCAUCGCGAGACGCGCGCAUCCGCCGCACCCCAGGCUUCGGCCGCCGCCGCGGCGCAGCAGCAGCAACAACAGCAGCAGCAGCACGCCGCCCUCGCCCGCAACGGCUCCAAGGGCGCGCGCAAGUCGGGCGGCGCACAGCAGCACAUGCAGAGCGAGCGCUCCCAAGCGGCGCAGCUGCGCGCCAGCCACGGCGACUUUAACCAGAACGGCUCGGGCUACGGCGGUGUCGGCCACGCAUCCAACGUCGCCGUGCACGACGCCACUGUGGCGGGCAUCCCCACGCAGAACGGAACGCGGGAACACAGCCACGUGGGCCACAUGACGCCCACCGGCAUGUCGUCCGGCAACCUCGACGCACGCGGCCGCGGCGCCGACGCACGCCAGGCGGUGGGCAUCGCCAACGGCGAAGAGCACCCGGCGGAGCGCAAGACGUUUGGCCAGAAGCUCGUCGACGUGCUCACCUGCCGAUGCGGCUGA